AUGUACCGAAUUAUGUCGAAAGUAACUUUCAAGAUCACUCUGACUUCUGAUCCGAAAUUGCCGUUUAAAGUGUUGAGUGUGCCAGAAGCGACGCCAUUCACAGCAGUGCUCAAAUUCGCAGCCGAAGAGUUCCGCGUUGAACCGGCCACAAGCGCCAUCAUCACAGACGAUGGCAUCGGCAUUAAUCCACAGCAGACCGCCGGAAACGUAUUCCUUAAACAUGGGUCUGAAUUGAGGUUGAUCCCUAGAGAUCGAGUGGGUCAAACUCGUACAUAA